AUGUUGAUCGCAGUAGCGUUACUAGCCGGCUUGCUAGGAGGUCUAGUUCACUCAUCACACACGACUUCCCAUAUAUUACCGCGGUCGGCCGUCGUCGAUCUUGGCUAUGGACAAUAUCAAGGGGUAUCUCUCUACAAUAGUGUAGACGAGUAUCUGGGUAUAAGAUAUGCAAAGGCACCAUUAGAUAAUCUGAGAUUUCGCGCGCCGCAGUAUCCUGAGAAUAGCAGUGCUAUUCAAGAUGCAUCGUCGUUCGGUCCCAUCUGUAUUGGUGUCGGGCAGUCCACUGGAGACGACUCACUCUCAGAAGACUGUUUGUUUAUUAAUGUCUGGCGGCCCAACAACGCGUCGAGUAACGCUAGUCUCCCCGUGUGGAUGUUUAUUCAAGGGGGAGGAUACGCAGACCUUAGCAACGCCAACUACAAUGGUAGCGAGGUAGUCAAGCAGUCGGGCCACGAUAUUGUGUUUGUGAAUUUCAACUAUCGCGUCGGGGUCCUCGGCUUUCUGGCCAGCGAGGAUGUUCGUCAGGAUGGAGACCUCAAUGCAGGUCUACUGGACCAGCGAAUGGCUAUGAAGUGGGUGAAUCAGUAUAUCCACCUAUUCGGUGGAAACCCAAAUCAUGUCGUGAUUCACGGCGACUCGGCCGGUGCAGGUUCUGUCGCACUCCAUCUGACUGCAUAUGGUGCCAAUAACACGGGUCUUUUUGUUGGCGCGGUGGCUGAAUCCACCUUCUGGCCUACACAGCGGACUGUAGCUGAAAUGGAGUUUCAAUACAAGCAAUUUGUGGAAGACGUAGGUUGCGAGAAAGAGACUCAUAAACUCACCUGUCUCCGCGGCACAGAUCUCAACGUGAUACAGAAGUACAACGUGCAAAAACCCUUCCCUGGGGGCAGUGACUCGCCUCUUCCGCUGUGGUACUUCCUGCCCGUAGUAGAUGGGGAUUUGGUUCCCGACCAGCUAUACAACCUCUUUGACCAGGGAAAAUUCAUCCAUGUCCCAAUGAUUGUUUCGGAUGAUAACAACGAGGGAACUGACUUUGCAUAUAACGCAGCCAAUGAAGCCGAAGUAGCCCAGUUUAUGAAGAACAAUUACCCGGGCCUCAACGAAACGGAUCUGGCAAAUAUCACCCAGACAUAUCCGCUCAUGGAUGCCCUUCCAGAACAUGAAGCGUACUUCCCCUCUGCGGCAGCAGCAUAUGGCGAGGCAACAUUCACCUGUCCAGGAAAUCAGAUGGCCUCCAGUAUCCAAAAUUUCUCGUCCAAUCGAGUCUGGAACUACCGCUUCAAUAUCCAGGAUCCGACGGAGAUUUCAAAGGGAAUGGGUGUCCCCCAUGUCUUCGAGCUACCAGCGAUCUUUGGUGUAGGCGACACAAACGAGCCCACAUAUUCAUAUGCAGACAGCAAUGCGAACAUCAUACCCAUAACUAUGGAUUAUUACCUAAGUUUUAUCAAGUGUUUGAAUCCGAACACAUUCAGAAAUGAGAAGGCGCCUGAGUGGAAAUCCUGGGGCUCUGGUAGGGGGCAGCGGCUAAAAUUGCAGACAAACUCAACGGCAAUGGAGGAAGUCCCCGAAGCACAGACAAAAAGAUGUCUACUGUGGCAACAGCUUUCAGCAAGUAUGGAGCAUUAA